AUGACAACGAAAGAAUUAUAUACAAAGGAUGCCCAAAUAUGGGUGGAGCACCCAGUGAAAGUAUGGGAAAGUGCCACAGUAACCUCGGACUACCGCUCAGGUGUUCUUAUCGUGAAGAUAGAUCAGACCGGCGAGAUACGACAAAUUAAGAUUAAAGAUGAAAACCAGAUGCCACCGUUGCGAAAUCCGUCAUUGCUGAUCGGGGAGAAUGACCUCACAUCCCUCUCUUACCUCCAUGAGCCCGCAGUGCUGCACAACCUUAAAGUCAGAUUCUGUGAUAGAAAUGCAAUUUACACAUACUGCGGGAUCGUGCUGGUUGCCAUCAACCCUUACUUUGAAUUGCCUAUUUACGGUGAUGAGACAAUUAUGGCGUACCGAGGUCAGGCCAUGGGUGACCUGGACCCUCACAUAUUCGCCGUCUCCGAGGAGGCGUAUACAAAGCUGGAAAGGGAGCGGAGAGACCAAAGUAUUAUUGUAAGCGGAGAGUCCGGUGCUGGGAAAACGGUGUCAGCAAAGUACGCGAUGAGGUACUUCGCGGCGGUCGGUGGGAACGCCAGCGAAACACAAGUCGAGCGCAAAGUGCUUGCCUCCAGUCCGAUCAUGGAGUCUAUCGGCAACGCGAAAACUACGCGCAAUGACAACUCCUCACGCUUCGGCAAGUUCAUAGAAAUCCACUUCGACGACCAUUACCGGAUAUCGGGCGCCAGCAUGCGCACUUAUCUCCAUGAAAAGUCGCGAGUAGUGUACCAGAGUACUGGGGAGAGGAAUUAUCACAUCUUUUAUCAGCUGUGUGCUGCGGCCGUCAACAUGCCCGAACUUAAGCUUGAUCACCAAGACUCAUUCCACUACCUGAAUCAGGGCGGCAGUCCCAACAUUGACGGCGUUGACGACCUGAGAGCGUUCAAUGAAACGAAAAAUGCCCUCACAACUUUAGGUGUAACGGAGACGGAGCAGCAGAACAUGUUCACAGUGCUGGCCACCAUCCUGCACCUCGGCAACAUUCAACUGUUCGACAGUGACCCUGACGCUGGACCCAGCGAGGAAUCUAGUGAUGGCGCGUACAUUAGUUCGAACGACAAGCACCUGCACACGGUGUGCUCGCUGCUGGGCAUAUCGAAGGCGGAGCUGUGCCGCUGGUUGACGCACCGGCGCAUCGCGAGCGCACACGAGGUGAUCGUGGCACGCAUGGACGUGCAGCGCGCCGCCUUCGCACGCGACGCGCUCGCCAAGCGAAUGUACGGCGACCUGUUCGCCUGGCUGGUGCGCGCCGUCAACCGCGCGCUCGACACCGGACACGCCAGGAAGCACUUCAUCGGUGUCCUUGACAUUUACGGCUUUGAAACGUUCGAGAUAAACUCCUUUGAACAGUUUUGCAUUAACUACGCCAACGAGAAGCUUCAACAACAGUUCAAUUCACACGUCUUCAAGUUAGAGCAGGAUGAAUACAUUAAGGAGGAGAUAUCUUGGAAAAUGAUCGACUUCUACGACAACCAGCCGUGCAUCGACCUGAUCGAGGAGCGGCUGGGCGUGCUGGCGCUACUGGACGAGGAGUGCCGCGUGCCGCAGGGCUCGGACCAAGGCUUCGUGGCUAAGCUUCACCAAAAUUGCUCCAAGUACCCACACUUCCUCAAGCCCAGGUUCGGAAACGCGGCUUUCAUAAUAAAACAUUUCGCUGAUAACGUGGAGUACCAAUGUGGAGGUUUUUUGGAGAAGAACCGUGACACUGUGGCUGAGGAACAAUUGGAAUGCAUAAAGUCGGCGACCAGCUGCCGACUUAUCCAUACGAUCUUUGCUGAGGAGCGCCCUAUGAGUCAAGCUUCUACAUUGCCGCCACCUUCUAGACGGAGAACCGCGUCAUCGCAACCUAUUGGUAGCCUGACGCAAACACCGAGACGUGCGUCGGGACAGAAGCUGACGGUGGGCGCCCAAUUCCGCGCGUCGCUGUCGGCUCUCAUGCACACGCUGUCCGCCACCACACCGCACUACGUGCGCUGCAUAAAACCAAACGACACGAAGCAGCCCUUCAGCUUCGACCCGGCGCGAGCCGUGCACCAGCUCAGAGCGUGUGGUGUGUUAGAAACAAUCCGAAUAUCAGCUGCUGGAUUCCCUUCACGUUGGCUAUAUCAAGACUUUUUCCAUAGAUACCGACUUCUAUGCUUACACAAAGAUAUUAACCGCAGUAACAUCAAAGCAACCUGUGCCAUAAUACUUCAAAAGCACCUCAAGGACUCUGACAAGUAUCAGUUCGGAGCUACCAAAAUUUUUUUCCGAGCUGGUCAGGUGGCGUACCUGGAAAAGGUGCGCGCGGAGAUCCAGCGCGUGUACUGCGUGCGCGUGCAGAGCUGUGUGCGACGCUUCGUGGCGCGGCGGAAGUACGUGCGCCUGCUGCGUGCGCUUCGCGGCCUGCAGGCGCACGCGCGCGGCUUCCUCGCACGCAGGCACGCGCAGGACGUGCGACGCAACCGCGCCGCCAUCACGAUACAACGGCACGUGCGCGGCUGGCUAGCGCGCAGCAAGUACCGGCGGCUGCGGGCGCUCGCCAUCGGGCUGCAGGCGCACGCACGAGGCUACCUGGCCCGCCGGCUCUACCGCGACAAGCGACGCGUGCUGGCGGUUAUCACGAUCCAAAGAUACGCGCGCGGUUUCCUUGCGAGACUGCGAGUAAAGAAAAUGAAGAGACAGAUUGUAAUUGCACAAGCUGCUGUGCGUCGUUUCCUCGCGCGGCGGCAAUACAAGCGGCUGCGGAUCGAGGCGCGCAGCCUGGACCACGUGAAGAGCCUCAACAAGGGGCUGGAGAACAAGAUCAUCAGCCUACAACAGCGGCUAGGCGACGCCCUAGAGCGCGCCCGCGCUCUGGAGCCGCUGCAGACGCAGCUCGCAGACCUCAGGGCUAAACUUGAACUCCUAAAACUAGUAGAGAUUGAAGCAAAGACUCUAAAAAUAGACAUUCAAGAUAAGGACAGUUUGAUCGCUUCGUUGCAAGCUGAGUUAAGUAGUGAACGGGACAGCAAAAAGCGGCUCGUGGAAGAGAAGAAAGAAGUCGAGAACACAUACAUUAAGCACAAGGACCUAUGGCUGGAAGAAAGCAAAAAAUUAGCAGAUGAGCUCAAAAGUACGAAGGAACAUUAUGAAAUGGCUAUUGAAGAACGCGACAAACAGCACGAAGCGGAGAAGAGCGCACUUUGCGCAGAACUAGAAGCUGAAAGGCAGAGUCGGCAGAAACUGCUUUCAUCACAGUAUGAGCUACAGGAAAGACUCGACGCUAUGCAAAGGGCACCGCCGACCAAAGAGCACAGAAGGUCAUUUUCUGACGCCAGCAACGUUUCGCAGCAGGAGACGACAGUUGAAGAUGACUAUGGGUACGGGUCGGUGCGGUCGGUGGAGACGUCGCGGCCGGCGCUGGAGGCCGUCAACUGGGCCGCCGGACAGCACAGCGGACCCACGCCCAUCGCGGACGCCGGGCUGGUGCUGCGCAUGCAGAACAGGAUCUCGGCUCUGCAGAGCGAACUGUCCAGGACCUCCAAGCGCGCUUACGACCUGGAGGAGCGCCUCCUGAAUCGGCUGUCUUCGCCUCCCAGCAACCCCAACACCGACCGCUUCCGCUUGGAGGAGCUGGAGAUCGAGAACAAGAAGCUGCGCGAGCACCUGGACCGACUGCGCGCCGCUGGGGACACUCUGCUCGUCUCCAAGGAGGUCAUCGAGCAAUUGGGCGUUAUGCAAAAAGAAUUGGACAGGAGGCGGGACGAGUGCAUUCAGUUAAAGAGCGUCCUCACAAAUCAGAAAUCAUGGUUCCAAGCGUUGAAGAGCGUCACGGUAAACUUAAAGUCGCUUGCGUCGUCAAAUUACGGUUCGGACGUGGACAUUAUCAACGAAGAUGGGGAGCUGGCGACUGCUUACGAGGCUCAAAAGGAUAUCAACAGACAAUUACAAGAAGAACUGCUGGCUGAAAAGAAAUUCUACUCCGAGCACAUUUCACAGGCAAAAGUGGAGAUCGAGAGAUUGCGAGAAGAAAAUGAGAAGUAUCAGAAAUUACUGAGUACAGAUUUAAGUCAGGAACCCAAAAAUAAGAGUCAAGAGUUCGCGCAAAAUGAGAUUAUUCGAUUGGCCGCAGAGAACCUUGCUAUACAGGAACGCGUUGACAAACUUUCGGAGAGCUGUCGUCGAUACAAGAAUCAGAUCAGGCUGCUCGUCGAUAGGCUGAAGGAGGUCGGCAUCGAUGAUGUCAACGACAUUCUAGAGGGCAAUGACACAAUGACGGCGCAGCACUCUCUUUCAACUAUACAAAUGGCGCCCGUUACACGUAAAAAGGAGAGGGAAUACCUGGGCAUGUUCGAGUACAAAAUACAGGACGAGCCGAUCAUACUUAAAAAGCUUAUUACUGAUCUGAAACCGCGGGUAGCAGUAACGCUGUUGCCCGGUUUGCCCGCCUACAUCUUAUUCAUGAUGCUGCGGCAUAUGGACCACGUGGACGACGAACCUAAGAUGCAUCAGCUUAUAAGAGCUGUCCGUAUCAGCGUUAAGAAGACAGUGAAGAAACGCGCCGACAGCGUCGAGUAUAAUGCGCUCUGGCUAUCUAACAUGCUUAGGCUGUUGAACAACCUGCGGCAGUACAGCGGCGACGCGGUGUACCAGGCGGCCAACACGCCGCGCCAGAACCAGCAGUGCCUGCGCAUCUUCGACCUCUCCGAGUACCGCCAGGUGCUCAGCGACACCGCCAUAUGGAUAUAUCAGGGUCUGAUCCAGCUGUUGGAGCGGCAGCUUGAGCGGCUGAUCCUGCCCGCCAUCCUGGAGUACGAGGAGAUCAACGUGCACUCGGGGCCGGCGCGCGCGCCAGCUGGUGCUGGUGCUGGUGGCGGCGUGGCGGGCCCUGCGCGCCUCAAGCACGAGCUUGCGGCUGUGCGCGACCACCUGCGCACCUUCGCCGUCGACGCUUCGCUCACCGUCACCAUUUUUAAGCAGUUGUUCUACUACAUCUGCGCAUACAGCUUAAAUCAGCUACUGCUCCGCAAAGAUCUCUGCUGCUGGGCCAAGGGUCUGCAAAUCCGGUACAACAUCUCACAUCUCGAGACCUGGAUUAAAGAGCACCUCGCCGAGUAUGGACAGAAGAGCGUCGAAGAGAUCCUUGGUGUACUGAAGCCCAUCACUCAGGCGGUACAGUUGCUGCAAGCGCGCAAGUCUAUGAUCGACGUGGACAGCACGGUAGAAAUGUGCGCCGAUCUCACCGCCAUGCAAGUUUGUAAGAUUUUGAACAUGUACACACCAGCCGAGGAGUACGAAGUGAAGGUGACGCGUGAGUUUAUACACGAAAUACAAAAGAAGAUGCAGGAACGCGCCGGUCCCAAGGCUAGCAAGGAAUCCAGUUUGCUAAUGGAUUCGAAGAUGAUAUUCUCAGUUCAGUUCCCGUUCAAUCCGUCAUCCAUCCGGCUAGAAGACAUCGAGGUGCCUGAAGUCCUCGAGCUGGACGGACUCCUCACGAAGAUUUAA